CCCACGCGCCCGACCGCACUCCCGGGAAGUCUCGCGAUGCCGUAGCCGGCUGCUCCCGCUGCGGGUGGCUCUGGCUGUUGCUGUGGUUGCCUGAGUUGCUGCUGCUGCGGCGGCGGCGGCGGCAGCGGCGGCACUGGUGGAGGUGUCGGCCCUUGGGCGGAUGUUGACAUUGUGUUGUUGUUAUUGCUGAUGGUAAUGGCGGCGGCGGCGGCGGCGACGGCCGGGACCCCAUCUCCUCUGUAGCCGGAGCCGAGGCAGCCAAGAGCGAACUCCGCGGCCUCUGAGCCCGAGGCAGCGACUCCCCUCAGCCUCCGCCGCCUCGCCUGCCCGUUUCCCGGCCGCGGCCCCGGCCCCUGGAGUCAGGCCCCUUUGGGCAGGGGGCCUCGGAGGCUCAGGAUGGCGGAUUUCGACGAGAUCUAUGAGGAGGAGGAGGACGAGGAGCGGGCCCUGGAGGAGCAGCUGCUCAAAUACUCGCCGGACCCAGUGGUGGUCCGCGGCUCCGGUCACGUCACCGUGUAAGGCCCGGAGGAGGGGAGGGCGAGGACGGGAAGGUGCAGGGCUGGGGUGGGCCCCCCCCCCCCUUUACUCCCCCCCCCCUUUACUCCUCGGGAGCCCUCUUUCCCCGGUGUCCGUCUUGUGUCGGGGCCUUCGGGAAGAGUAGGCGACCAGGAAGUGAGAACUUGCUUUAAUUUCAUUUGUUUCGAUCUCCGGAGUGGGGACAGACACUGCCCUUCCUCCCCCACACGCCCCCUUUAGCAGGCCCUACAGGCCUGGGCGAUGUGACGGAUCCCAGGAGCGAAGGUUUUUCUUGAGUCUGCCCUUUGGGCCACCUCUUCAGCUUCGGGGUGGAAGUACACGUAUUUAUGAGGUUCCUCCCCCUUGUUUUCUCUUCCAGUUACCCUGUGGUUCUCUCCUCUCAUCUGUGCCUUUGAGCCUAGUGACAUAUGGCUCAGAGGCCAGAUCUGGGCCAUGUGAGACCCCAGUGACAAUUGGUAAUGAGUGGUUCACCGUUGUGUCUGUGCCUUUCACACAUACUCACGGGUCUUCCCAGUUUCUUGCAGAGUCAAUUUCUGCGGAAAUGCAGGUUCCUGUAAUUGUAGAUGAUAAAAAUGUGUGGAUGAACCUACAUUUAAGAUCUGCAGAACGAUGUAUGUUUACUACCAGUUUUUAAAAAGAAAUCUACGUGCUGGACACACUCUGCUGGGGUUACUGAGUUCUCUCUGUAAUCAGAGCCUCCUUUGGGCAUGAACUCUGGGAUGGCUUCUUCGUUUGAUAAGGGUUCCUUCCUGUAAGUCUGAUUUGCAACAUUUAAAAGUCCGAUGUUAUUCAAACAAUAAGGAAUGAGAGCUUUGUAAGAAGGUCAUGACUAAUAAAGGAAUGUGAAGACUUGAACCAAAUAAUGAGCUGUCCGGAAGCAGGAAGUUUUGUAAUGUUUGUCUGAGAAGUCCAGAGUUGUGUACAACUUGAAGUAUUUAUAUUCUUCAUUUUAGAUCUCUUGUUCAAAUCCUAGAUCAAACUUGUAUGCUUGUCAGAAAUCUCCACACUACACCCUUCUAGUAAAAUAAAAGGGCCAGCAGAUCCGAGACUGUCUGGAACAGUUUUCGUUGCGUUUUUGGUGUGGGGUGAGUGGGAUGUGCAGUGAAUAACUUUUAGUGAAAAGGUAAGACUCCUUACAGAAGAUUUUCAGCAAAAUCCUUGUAUUUCUCACUACGUGAUAUGACCAGCCAUAUUGUUGUUUGGGUAUGCUUAUGUAAUGCUUUGAUUUCUUGAGCACCUGUUAGUCUAUAUUCAGGUGACUUAAUAGGGUAAAAACACUGCAUAAGCAUUGUCACAGUGCCAUGGGAAGACAAUGGGAUUUAUCACCACAAUAACAGUUACUUAGUAUUUUAACUGUCAUCUCCAGCAGAAUUAAGAAGUUUCAUGGAUAUUAAAUCUUUCUUUAACAUGUAUUACAGAACUUUUUUAGUCUCAUAGCCUGCCAUUUAAUUUUUUAGUUUGACACUCAGGACCUUUUUACAUACAUACAUACAUACAUACAUACAUACAUACAUUUAUUUAUUUUCUUUUUACAUUGUUUUAAACCUAAUGAGUGUAUGUGUGCAUAAAGAAGGGAUUUUUUUUUCAAACUCUUUGAUGCUAUCUCCCUGCCUUUCCCCUCUAAAUUCCUCCUGUUAAAGAAAAGCAGGCAAUUUUUUGCUAUUUAAAAAGGCGCUGCUAGAGUUAUAAUGUUUCCUCUGUUUAAGGAAAAGAAAAACUAAGCACUUUGUUGGGUAAAUAGAAAAUAUAAUAGAUAAAGUGCUCAGAACUAAGUAGGUGAUUAGUAAAUUUGAUUGUAGUUGGCUACUCAGAGAGGUUAAUGGGGUGGGAAAUGAUUAUUAGUGGUUUUCAGUCUCACUGCGCAUUAAAAUUACCUGCGGAAAUUAAACAAACAAAAGAACAACAACAAGAAAAGCUGCGUUUUCCCUGGGGCCAGGCCUGUUGAAGGCCUAGUAUCUGAGUGAGGUCCCAGGCCUGGAUGUUGGUUUAGAAAGUCCUACAGGUGAUUCUAAUGUACAGGCAGAGUUGAAAACCUCUCAUGCGGAGUAUGAGGAGGGACUACAUGCCCCCAGUAAGCAGUAUGCCUUUCUGCACUGGAAUUCAUGUUUCUGUGAUCUCUCUCAGUCACUUUCCCUCUUUUCCCCGUUACCUUGGUUCUAGGCUCUGGGUUCAAAUCUACUCUCUGCCACUUGGGUAAAUUAUUUAUGCCUCUUCAGUUACGAUGGGGAUCGUUAUAGUCCUUAAUUUUUAAGGUUAUUAAGGAUUAAAUGAGACAGUAUACGCCAGGAAAUCAUCACAUUGUGUGAUACUGUGCCCAAUAAAUAUUAACCUUCAUUAGUUACCCUCUAUAUUUAAAAGUGUUCCACUUUGAGAAACAUAAGUGUAAAGCACAGUACUAAGAAAUCCGAACUGCCAUUUUCAAACCUAACAGUGAUUGACUUUAGUCCUAUUUUUCCAUUUCUAAACAAUGUAUAUGAGGUUAAAUUACUAUGUGAAGUAUUUGCAUGAAAAGUAGUGAGAAUCUUCAUUGAAAACCUAAACCUGUUUUGUAAUGACAUAGAUAAGUAUAGUAAUAGUAAUACAAAACUUUUUACAUGACUCUGUCAUACAUAAUUCACUGGCAUACUAUGCCCGUGGGUAGCCCACUUAGUGCCCAAAGAAUUGGCUCUUUUUAAAAAAAAUUUUUUUUAAAGUUUAUUUAUUUUUGAGAGAGAGAGAGCGAGAGAGAGCGAGCACGAGCUGAGAAGGGGCAGAGAAAGAUGGAGAAAGAGAAUCCAAAGCAGGCUCCAGGCUCUGAGCUGUCAGCACAGAGCCCCAUGCAGGGCUUGAACCCACAAGCUGUGAGAUCGUGACCUGACCAAAGUUGGACGCUUACCUGACUGAGCUACCCAGGCACCCCUGAAAUUGGUUCUUAUGGGUUACUAUAACUGUUAAGCAUGUUCAGUUUUUCUUACCUUUAAAUAUAAAUAAGAGUUGUUAAAACAGUUGUAGUAAAGCUGCUGCUGCUCCCACCCUACCUGUUUUUUUUAAACUAAGGAGCUCUUCAGAGCAGUCUUCUCUUACAGGUUUGGAAGUAAAUGAUAGUGCCACCUGAAUCGUCUGUAAUCCUGAUCAAUCUCAAAACAUACCGAUUCAUCCAUAUUUGUUUUUCAUAGAUUUCACUUUUGAGUAGACCUUUAUAUCUGAAUAUUUCCACUUUUUUCCUCCCUACCAUAAUAAUCAUUUUACAGUAUUACGCUUACUUUAUUUUAGAAAUUACUGUAUUCUCAUGUGACAUGAUCUGGCAUGUCAUUAUAGUGAUGUGAAAAAGUAAGAUACCUUCCGUUUUCUCCUACAUAGGCAGGUCGUGGUUAUUUUGGGGGUAUAAUUGUAUAAUCAGAUUUUUGGGAUAUAAGGAUGUAAAACAAUUUGUCUAAACAAAGUCUGUUUUAACAUGUUUUUUAACACAAAUAUUUUUAUAUCGAUUGCAAAUCAGACUUAUACUUUGUACUUCCAUCAUGAUCAGUAUUCUUUUUUGACAUUCUUCUGGAUAAGUUUAAUAAUUUUCUUCAUUGCUAGAUUUGCAUGUAACAAUAUGGAACAGAGUGGCAGCUCCAACAGGGAGAAAUCUUAUACAGAAGCAUAUUUUGAGGAAAGGUGGUAUUUGAAGGAAGAGGGAAAUAAGUUCCUAUUAUUGCAUAACAUUUAUGUGCAUGGAAUUUAAGACUUGAGUUCACACUUCAAUUAAAAGUACAUUUCCUGUGUGUGUGUGUGUGUGUGUGUGUGUGUGUGUGUGUGUGAGAGAGAGAGAGAGAGAGAGAGUUUUCUCAUUUUAUUAUGUAAUGAAAAUGAGGGGAAAGUGAUUAUCUCAUUAGGGGGUAUAGGCGAGAUUGGUUAAUAUUCUUAAAUUAUAAAGUUUUUUACUCUUCAGUAGAUUUGUCAAAAUAUAGUGAUCAUUGUUGAAGACUUUGAUUUUUCACAAUGAUGACAGUGUUAAAGGAUUUAAUAUAAAACUUAGAAUUUAAAAAUAGUUUUUAGACCAGUAUUUUCUAGCUGAUCUAUCAUUAUAACCGACAUUAUUUGCUUCUGUCUCAUUUAAUGCCCUCCCAUAUCAGAAUCACACUUGGGGUUUUCCUAGGGCAUAUAUAAUCUUUGACUUCUAACUUAAGUCCUGUCAAAGAGGCAAGUUAUUUUGCUAAGGUUUGUUUCUAAUAAUGUUAUUCUCUUUUAAUUUCACUAAAUUAUUGUAUCUUCAUGUACUCUCUUCUGAGGUAUAAUCUUCCUACCAUCUCCACAAAUAAUUCCUCAUUCUUCAGUACCAGUUUUUACCAAUGGCUGUGGAACUCACUCUCUUUGCUUGUCUUCAUGUCAGAUUUGGACUGAGCAACAAAUUUGAAUCAGAAUUCCCUUCUUCGUUAACUGGAAAAGUAGCUCCUGAAGAAUUUAAAGCCAGCAUCAACAGAGUUAACAGUUGUCUUAAGAAGAACCUUCCUGUUAAUGUACGUUGGCUACUUUGUGGCUGCCUUUGUUGCUGCUGCACAUUAGGUUGCAGUAUGUGGCCAGUUAUUUGCCUCAGUAAAAGAACACGAAGAUCGAUUGAGAAGUUAUUAGAAUGGGAAAACAAUAGGUUAUACCACAAGCUGUGCUUGCACUGGAGACUGAGCAAAAGGAAAUGUGAAACGAAUAACAUGAUGGAAUAUGUCAUCCUCAUAGAAUUUUUACCAAAGACACCGAUUUUUCGACCAGAUUAGCAUUCACUUUAUUUAUAGAGACUUUCCAAGUAUGUUGUCUUUCCAAUGGUGCCUUGCUUGGUGCUCUCCUGGUGGUGACAUAACAUUGGUUCUACAGAAUCGUGUGGUGUUUUUUUGUUUUUUUUUUGUUUUUUUUUUUCUGUUUUUGUUUUUUUAAAUAACCGCAUGUUCUAAGUGUGCAUUUUUGUCAAACUUUGCAACAGUUAUUUCAUACAGAUGUUUAAUACUUAAGUUAUUGUGCUCUUUUCUGUUAUGUAUUCUGAUUUUCAAGGAUUACUUUUUUGUAUUAUCGAAAAAAUACAUUUGAACUUAGCAUAAAAAGUGGCCAGCCUUUUUUAUUUUAUCACCAAGGUACACACACAGUCCUCUAUUUAUUAAUUCCAUAAUAUAGAAGAACACUUUUGUAAGCCUCUACUUAUCUAUUCCAAGCACACUCUUUGUAUUAUUUUUCUUCCUUUUAAAAUUUAAAAUAGUUAUUAUUUUAAAAUAGUAAGUUUUCUUUAAUAGCUUUUUGGAAUCUAACAUAUCCUUUUCCAUACAAUUCCUAAUGCUCUGUUUACAGCAGAAAUAUCUGUUACGUUAUGAAGACCUAUCAACAAAUUUUGAAAGUGUUUCUGUCUUCAGAGGUAGUAAGGCAGUAUUAAAUUAUUUUUAAUAGAAUAGACAAAUAAUGAAUGGUAUGCAUGCACCUAAUGGUUACUAGAGCUCAGGAUCACAAAAUAUAGUAGCAUUACAAUCUGUGUAUAUUUUUGAUCAAGAUGAUAAUAAUGGCCUUACUUGCGUUAUUUUUUAUUGUUUAUCAAAUCUUCUAUAGAAAAGUAUGGAAAUACUCCUUUUAAAAAUUUCUAAGGAAAAUACUUCUCCCAAUCUAACAUAAUUGUAGAAUGGAUAUAUGUUUCUGAAAAGUUUUUGAAAGAAAGCAAAAGUUCUAGAAUUAAAAGUAAGCUCGUGUUUAAAUACCCCAUUGAUACUUAGAACAGAUUACUAUUGCUAAGAAACGGAGGACAUAUUUAGUACUGUUUUUAUCCACUAGUUUGCUUUCAGUCCAGUUAUGUAUACUUUUUUGACUGAGAAUGCGACAUGUAAGUUUGAAUCAGAUUAACGUAUUUCUUCUAAAUAUAUACAAAUAUACAUAUCCUCCCCCCCCCUUUUGGUUGUACAUAUCUCCAUGCAUUUUAAAACUUUCUAAAUUUCUGAAUGGCCUAUAUGUAAAUUUUUGUUUUUAUAAACCUGAAAUUAUACAAGUUUUAAUGUGUGUCAAGAACUUGUUCCAUUCAACUGUGGUAUCUAGCAAUAAUGUGAAUAACUUUUGAAAUUAUAUAAACUAUGCUUACUAAUUUGUAUUAAGAAUUGGUACCACUAUACAGUAUCUUUUCUCCUUGUAUUAAAUCUUUUAAAUACCA